UGCUGCAGGACGUCCCGUCGCCGGCGGGUCUGGCCCUGACUCUUCGGCGCAUGCGCACAUCCCGCAACCUCGAAACUCGCAUCGAUCCUACGCUCAUCACCAGCAGCCUUUGAGGACACUUGGGAUCCUAGAGAAGUCGCUCAAAGUGAAACAUGCGCCUCAACAUCGUCAAUACUGCUUCCUGGCUGGUGGCCAUCUGCUUAUUGGCAGGAAGCGCAGAGCCUCGUCGUCAUCAACGCACGAGACGGUUUCCCUUUCCUCUGGUAGACAUAUCCGACAUGGUUGGAUUUCCGGCAGCAGAAAUCGACCUUUUACGCCGGGUCCGUCCAGGAACGGAGACGCCGACGGAAGAAUUGCGCUACGUCCCAGGAGACCCAGAUUCCGGUCUUUCGGUGGCCUUUGGCAUUGGGCCGAAAGCGGACGUGAAAUUUCCCUACAGGCUUAUUUUGCCGUCAGUUAUGUUCAGGGAUUUCGCUCUUCAUGCCAUCUUUCAUCCCGAUAUAUAUAACCACUUCCUGAGGGACACAUUCGGCAUCGACGGAUCUGAACAGUACCUGUUUGCGGUGGUCAAUCCUUCCGAGACUGUGGUUCAGCUUGGACUCCGGCUCGACUCCGCGGCCGAAGGCGACCCCGGGAAGGUAACGCUUCUCUACACUGACGUCACUAUGCACGUCGCGUCCCAAGAGCUCACGACGUUUGUGCUUCCUAAAGAAGCCGUUGGCAAACACGGCUGGUUAAGGUUCAGCUUGACGCUCACCGGGAACAACGUGACCCUUCAGAUCCUCAACUGCACGACACUAGAAGACAUCCAGAUGACACACGAAAUCAGUCGGAUUCCCAAGGAGCUUCCGUUCGACCCCGCUUCUACUUUGUACAUCGGUCAGGCCGGGUCAAUUAUUGGAGGACGAUUUGUGGGGGCCAUACAAGCGCUAAGACUGUUCAGCAUUCCGGCAUUGGCUCCUCUUUGUCAGGACAGUUCCGGUUUCCAGGGCGACAUGCAGCUUUAUGGAAGAGUCAACACUCUCGAAAAAGAUUUCUCGAAGACAAAACGGGAAGAAGAGAAAAAAGAGAGGAAGCCAGACGAAACCUUCCCUGUUGGUCAGAAGGGAGAAAAGGGAGAUAGAGGUUGGGAAGGUGCAAUGGGUCCACCAGGUCAAGAUGGAUUACAGGGUCCGAGAGGCGAUAAAGGCGAUAAAGGUGAACCUGGUAUGCUGAGGUACGAAGGCGUCGAGCCCGUCAUUGGAGAGAAAGGUGAAAAAGGCCGUCGAGGACGAAAAGGCGUCCCUGGAGCACCUGGUCCUCCUGGUUUCGAUGGACUGCCGGGACCGAAGGGUGAACCGGGACUGGGUGUGAAGGGGGACCAAGGAGAUAUGGGGCCACCGGGACCUCCGGGAAUGCCAGCGCAGUUGGACGACGUUUUCCUGGGCGCAGGUAAAGGCGAAAAAGGAGACAUUGGUCCUCCCGGGUUUCAAGGUCCCCGAGGACUACCAGGAGAAAUGGGCCCCAUAGGUUAUGUAGGAGAGAAGGGUGAAAAGGGGCACCCAGGUACACCAGGACCGCCAAGUGAUAUUGUUGGACCACCAGGGCCCAAGGGCGAACGGGGAAAUCCCGGGCCUCCCGGACCUCCAGGAAUUCCUGCUCCUUGGGGGGAGACACUGGAGGCCUCGACAACGCAAGAACCCGAAGGAGCUUCUUCGAGACCUGGUGCCAUAGGACAGGUGCGGACAUUCGACGAUAUGGAAAGCCUUCUGCGUGCUCAAGACUCUGUACGUCGUGGCACCUUAGCCUUUGUGCUCGACGAAGAAUCACUCCUCAUCAGAGUAGAACAGGGUUGGAGGCAUGUCGCCCUUGGUCAGCAAGUCACACUCGUGGAAGAGUUUGAAGCGGACUAAAGAACGCAAGAAAUCCUCAUCACAAUGCGUCGAAAGCAUGAGAAUUUUCGAUGGAAGAUAUUUCACACACAGAAAAGGGAAAAAAACUCAUCCGAGCCAUUUUUGCGAAGCAAUACGGUUGUCAUAACGGUUAUUUAAAUAAACUGUU